AUGGCCGCCCGCCCCGUCGCCACCCGGCCUUGCCCCCCCUCCCUCCCCAACCAUGGCCGCCCGCCACCUCGCUCCCACGUGUGCAACUCUGACCUUCCCAACAUGGCCACCCGCCCCGUCACCACCCAGCCCUGCCCCCUCCCUCUCCAACAUGGCUGCCCGCCAACUCGCUCCCACGUGUGCAACCCCGACGUCCCCAAACAUGGCCGCCCCCUGGCCCCGCUCCCUCCCAAACAUGGCCGCCCACCGCCUCGCUUCCACGUGUGCAACUCCGACCUCCCCAACAUGGCCGCCCGCCCCGUCGCCACCCAGCCUUGCCCCCUCCCUCCCCAACAUGGCCUCCCGCCACCUCACCCACAGAAGUGCUCCUCCGCCCUCCCCAACAUGGCCGCCCUCUCCGUCACCACCCAGCCUUGCCCCCUCGCUCCCCGACAUGGCCGCCCACCACCACCUCGCUCCCACGUGUGCCCCUCUGCCCUCCCCACCAUGGCCGCCCGCCCCGUCGCCACCCGGCCUUGCCCCCGACCUCCCCAGCAUGGCCGCCCGCCACCUCGCUCCCACGUGUGCCCCUCCGACCUCCCCAACAUGGCCGCCCGCCACCUCACCCACAGAAGUGCUCGUCAGCCCUCCCCAAGAUGGCCACCCACCCCGUCGCCACCCAACCUUGCCCCCCUCCCUCCCCAACAUGGCCUCCCGCCACCUCACCCACAGAAGUCCCCCUCCGACGUCCCCACCAUGGCCGCCCUCCCCGUCUCCACCCAGCCUUGCCCUCCUCCCUCCCCAACAUGGCCUCCCGCCCCGUCGCCACCCAACCUUGCCCCCCUCCCUCCCCAGCACGGCCUCCCGCCACCUCACCCCCAGAAGUGCCCCUCCGACCUCCCCAACAUGGCCACCCAACCUUGCCGCCCUCCCUCCACGACAUGCCCGCCCGCCCCCUCGCCCCCACAUGUGUUCUCCGCCCUCCCCACCAUGGCCGCCCGCCCCGUCGCCCACCAGCCUUCCCUCCCUCUACGUCGCUCCCACACGUGCUUCUCCGCCCUCCCCACCAUGGCCUCCCGCCCCGUCGCCCCCAGCCUUUCCCCCCUCCCUCCCCGACAUGCCCGCCCGCCACCUCGCUCCCACGUGUACCUCUCCGACCUCCCCAACAUGGCCCCCCUCCCUCCACCUCACCCACAGAAGUGCCCCUCCGCCCUCCCCAACAUGGCCGCCCACCCCAUGGACCGCCGCGACCUCCCCAACAUGGCCCCCCUCCCUCCCCACCAGGGCCGCCGCCUCGAGAGGGGCCGGGGGUCGGGAGGCGACCUCCCCAAGAUGGCGCCGCGGCCGUCCCUCUACGUCACUUCCGCCUCGUUCCCCUUUAUAAAGGGCAGGAUUUCCGCUUUCGCUCCUUUCCGGCGGUGA